GAUUCGAUUACAAUUCUGACGCUCGGCAAGUAAAGACCGAAAAACAAAAAAUCGAAAGUCAAAGACCUUGCAGAAAACAGAUGAAACGCGCAACAUGACUCAACCUCCCACUCCGACUUAAGUAGAGAGAGACGGAGCGAGGACUAGUUUGGCUGAUAAACGUCAGCGAGGGCAGACGGCAUUGUCCGUCACGGCGAAAACGCGUUGACUCCGGUCGUGGUAGUUAUGACCAGUUCGUAGUUUUUUUGAAUGAAAUGUGGUGACUUCGAAGAUGGGUGCCUUCAGGGAGUUGUUAGUGUUGGUGUUGACAAUUCUCUCCGCCGACUGCGCCAUCCGCUGCUACAAAUGCACGACCACGAAACCGCCCCUCAUCAGCAACGAGACCGUGCGCCUCUGCUCCGAGUUCGACUACUCCGACAAGUUCAUCGUCGAUUGCCCCUACUCCACGUUCUGCAUGAAGAAGUACUUCACCGCGAAAAUCCCGUCCCCGAUCAACGCCACCGAACGCGACUGUGCCCACCAGAAGUACAUCACCCAGAAUUUCAAAAACGGCCGAUGGCAGCCCGAGGUCGUCAUGGAAGAGCCCUACAAAGAGGGCUGCUCGGUCGUCGACGACAAAGGCCUGCGCACCGCCACCACCGUCGACUGCUACUGCAAGAGCUAUCUGUGUAAUGGCGCCCCGGGACGAACUAUUCCCACAGCUGUGAUUAUUUUUAUCAUUACUCUAAUUGUAAAUAUUUGCACCAAAUAAAAAAAAAUCCGCGUC